CGCCAGCUGGGAGCCAAGGCUGCCCAGCUACAGGCUGAAGAAGCCACAACAACAAAGAAGCUGCGGCUACAGGCCGAAGCAGACGCAGAUGCCCUGGCUCGCCGCAAGGAAGCCCAGGCACUGCUGCAGCGGCAUGAAGCCAACAGCAUCGAGAAACUCAAGUAAUGGCACUUUGAAACCGAACGGCGACGAGGCAACACCGGAAGAGCAGCAUAAGGAGUUCAUGGCCAAGCUCGUGAGCAGAAUGGUUUACACGUGUAACCACCUACAGUCCGAGCUGGCAAACCUCCAGCGGGCCGUGCGGAAUCAUAAGACUCAGCACAAGGAUGCCACACGGGUACUGGACGCCCGUGUACUGGGCCUGGAACAGGCUGUAACAGGACCAGAUGCUGGGGCUUCCAGCAGUGCAUCCUCUAGCCGCCUACUGGAGGAACGCAUUGACCACGUAGUGGAAAUGCUCGGCGACAUCAGCACCUUCGCUGCGCCGACCACCAUCAGCAGUCAGCUGCAUACCUUCAACACCGAGGUCCAGCAGUUGCAGUUGACGAACGCGGAUGACAAUCCGAAGAUGUACAAGAUGCCAACUUUCCAACUGGACAAGUUCGACGACUACACACAGCAGGAUCCGGUCCUCUGGUGGGAAGCAUUCACAACGCAACUCAGGAUUCUGCCCGUAGCCAAGCAUGCGUACAUCGGCGCCCUGUUCCUGAACUCAAAGGGCGGAUGCCAAACCUGGUUGAGCCACCUGGCAACCUCCCACGGCGUCGACGUACCGGACUUGAAGGACAAAAUCACAUGGGAGGAACUGACACGGCUUUGGAAGAAGCGGUUCAUCGUCGACGACGCGCCAGCACUCGCUAUCAACUGUCUGUUCACCAUGUCACAGGGCAACACUGCAACACGGGAUUGGCUUACGGAGUGGAAGAAGAUUGCGGCGGUGCCCAAUCUGGAAUUGGCAUUCACGCAUCUACACCGCGAGUUCUACAAUAGGUCUUGUGCGACAUUGAGCCAGGCUCUUGGUGAUCGCGAGCAGUACUCAACCUUCGCGGAGAUUAUCGACAAGGCGAGGGAAAUCAUCAAGACCAACAGGUCAGCUGCACACGAGAAAUCAACAUGGCAGCCGACCUAUGUCGAGAAGGUACGAACAAGUCCGCGACAGCAGCACUUCGCUGCAGUCCAGUCGGACAGUGGAGAUAACCCAGCAACCACUCCAGCAUCAAGUGACGGAAAUCAGGUGGUUGUUGUCCAGCCGCGAAGCAACAACAAGUCCCGCARCAAUGGGAAGGCGAAAUCCGCAUCGCAGGCCGGAAAUGGACAGCCAGUACAAGUUCCAUGGGUCAAGUUCGGCUUGACCGAGGCGGAGUACAAGGUCCGCGGCCGCUACGGCAGCUGCUAUUGGUGCAACGGCACCAAGCACAAGACCUCCCUGUGCUAGGAUCAGUGCAAGGAGGAUGUGCGACCCCGCCUCAGCUCGGGAAACUGAGCUCCRCGGAAGGUGAGGCGACUCCACCUUCUACUCCGCCAGAUUC